AUGCCUCACCCAUCCAUCUUCUCGUUGAUGGCUGCUAGGCGUGAGAGAACCGGAAGGAAGAAGGACUCACCGCCUGACGAAUGCGGCUUGGGGCCGAUGUUGCAAGCUGGCAUCGGGCUCCGGGGUCUUCCUGGUACGAGCAGCCAGCAAAGAGAUGCACACAAUCCGAGAGCCCGGCCGAUUAGCCCAGUGACAGGCUACCGUUUGGAUGUGUACGGCCAAGAUGGGAUCAAGUCAGGCCUCACCGCAACUGAGCACUCGACGACGAAGACGUUGAGCAACGCUCGACGAGGACGCAUUUGCCGCCAAUCCCACCGACACUGCGGGAACACUGAAACCACCCCCAACCAAAUCAUAGCCUUGUUUGCUUGCUUUGAGACUCCCCAAGACUCCCCAGACUCCUCCCCCGCUCCCGCUCCCUGCUCUCCACCCACCACCCACCGGCCGGUAGUGCUCAGCCCAGCCCAGCCCACCACGAGCCAGCGAUAA